UUCUGAAUGUUGUUUUGAGAACAAUUUGGAUGGAUUUCCUUUAUUAUUUCAAUCAAUAGAAGUGAAUUUUGAUUACUUGUUUUCUUGUUUUCCCGAUUGUUACGUUCAUAGCAUUGAUUAUACUAUACGCAUAUUUGACAUAAAUGCAUUGCAUCAUUUUGCAUUUAACCUAAGCACUACCAAAGAUUCCAAAAUAAUCGAAAUCGGAUUAGACUUUAAGCUUGAGCUCAGAAAGGAUCUCCAAGAAUGUAUCAAGAGGAAUUCAAAGGUCUUUGUUUGGAGCUAUGCCGAUAUGCCAGGGAUCGACAGGUCAAUUGCAGAACAUUUCAUCCCUACAGAUCCGAACAUUAAGCCAGUAAAGCAAAAAAGGAGACGGGUCAUACCAGAGUGGCUAGACAAGAUCAAGGCUGAGGUUCAGAAGCAACUAGAUGCGAGUUUUUUGGAGGUAUACAUUACCCUGUGUGGUUAGCAAACAUAGUCCCUGUGCUUAAAAAGGAUGGGAGACUAAGAGUCUGUGUUGACUACAGGGAUCUAAACAAGGCCUCGUCCAAAGAUGACUUCCCACUUCCACAUAUAGAUGUUCUGAUCGACAGUGCUGCUGAAAUGAGAUGUUAUUCUAUUAUGGAUGGAUUCUAUGGGUAUAACCAAAUUCUAAUGGCUUUAGUUGACAAGCAUAAGACUGCCUUCACUACUGAUUUCGGGACCUUAUGUUAUAGGUAUCUUACACUCGAGAGGAGAGGGACCAGGCAACGAGGUCCUUCAUUUUUUACAUCAUAUCUUCUCUGCACCUCCCAGAAUAAGGGAGAUCUUGCUGUUUUGGCUUGUCUGUAGGACCUGAGCCUCGUCAGCACCUAUGACUGGGCUUCUCUUGCGUUGGCUCAUCUCUACCACGGUCUGGAUGUAUGGACCAUGGGUAGUGGUGAGUCCAACUGGCAGUUCCUCCGUCCACUCGAGGUCUGGGCGUAUGAGUAUCGGAUCUACCCCGGGGAUCCUGAGAGUCAUACCCUUGCUGAGGCUCGGCGGAUUCCUCGAUAUCUGGUGCGCCGCCAUCAUACUAAUUCCAUUUUAGAGGAUCCGCACCACUGGAGGCGCUACCUUAAUGACAGGGUCUUGGCUGAUCUCUUUCUGACUCCAUGGGAGGGAGAUGCUUGGACAGCCUAUGCCCCUCGAGUCCGAGAGGAGGCCCUUAUCGUGUCCAGAGUCUUACUUCAGGGCUACUGGCUGGAUCGGUUCUAUCUGGGAGAGAGGGUCUUCGAGAUCCGUACCGCCACAGCCCAGAGGCGAGUGCCUGUUGCUCCCCUUUGCCACAUGUGCACCUUGGACGGGAUGACUCCAGAGGACAGGUUGUCGGAGUAUGGUGGCUUCCCAGUCGAUGAUUAUCUAGAGCUUGGCGAUUAUGCCUCCUAUCUCUCCACCCGGUUGAGGACCAGAUUUCCAGAUGUCCGAGAGUACUCUUAGGAUAAGAAGAGGCAUCAGACUCCUGCUUUCUAUGGGGCGCAGGCAGAGGCUGAUGCUCCUGCUGGGCCUACUGGUGUCGUGCCAGGUGAUAUCCCCUUCCCUCCGGGCAUGGAGGUUACCUUGGAUCCUACUCUGAGGCUUGGACCGGCCCUUGCUAUUCCCGCUGAUCUCAAGCAGGUUCCGCCAUAGCUACAGUUGGAUCCUGAGCAUGCCACACAUGUGUUUGCUCAGAGGUAUCAGGAGUUAUAUCAGAGGUUCUGCUUUGCCCGAACCUAUACUGCUAGACUAUACUCGGAGCAUCACGAGAUGAGUUAGAGACUGGUACGCUACGGAGACAUCAAACCUGCCAGGCCGCUGCUGUUUCUCCUUUCCAGAUGGAGAAUGACAGGCUCCGCACCAGACUGGAGGUUGAGGGGAUUCCUUUAGACUUCUCAGAUGAAGAGGAGGAUGAUGAUGAUGAAGCUUCGUCUGACGAUGCUCCACCACCUCCACCAUCUUCUGUCAGGCAGACGGCAGCUGGUCCCAGUCGGAGGCAACCUUAGGCUCCUCAUUUUUAAUUGGAUUUUUUGAUAUUUUGUAGCUCCUUUGAGCACAUUACAGUAUUAUUUACAUUUCUUUUA